AUGGACACAAAACAAGGCUUGUUCUCCACACUCAAAGACGACUUAAUGAAAGGUUUGUUGCCGGCGAGUGGUGGUUCUCCGAUUUCAACUUUACUCAGGCGGAGGAAGAAAGACCAUGUUCCUCCACUGGACUUGCUGUUUGCAGAAAGAUGCCACUCUAGGCCACAGGUGGAAGCAAUGUCGCCGUUGAAAGAGGGCCCUGAGGAAACAGAAUGUAGCUUCUCCGUUUCCUCCUCUUCCGAUCUCAGGCUGCUGCUUGGUGUCCUGGCUGCACCUCUGGCUCCUCUCCGUGUCAGCACCACCGAGCCCUUUCCUCACCUUGCUAUCAAAGACAUUCCCAUUGAGACAUCUUCUGCUCAGUACAUAUUGCAGCAGUACAUAGCCGCUUCCGGGGGACUGAAGCUUCAAGAUUCCAUUUACAAUGCUUAUGCAAUGGGAAACGUGAGGAUGAUUGCUUCCGAGUUUGAAACGGCUAACAAGCUUGUGAGGACACGGAACCCCUCUAAAGCCGCACAAUCCGGCGGGUUUGUCUUGUGGCAGAUGAAGCCAGACAUGUGGUAUGUGGAGCUUUCUCUUGGUGGAAGCAAGGUACAUGCUGGUUGCAAUGGAAAACUUGUGUGGCGGCACACACCAUGGCUUGGUCCUCAUUCAGCGAAAGGGCCACCUAGGCCUCUAAGGCGCGCUCUUCAGGGUCUUGAUCCGAGAACAACUGCAAGCAUGUUUAUCAAUUCAAGAUGUGUUGGAGAGAAGAAGAUAAAUGGAGAGGACUGUUUCAUUCUCAAAAUAUGUUCUGAUCCAUCCACGUUAAAAUCCCGAAGCCAAGGUUCAGCAGAGAUCAUAAGACAUGUUUUGCUUGGACACUUCAGUCAGAAAACCGGACUUCUUAUUCACUUGGAAGAUUCUCAUUUGACUCGUAUUCAGAACAACGGAGGCGAUGCUGUAUAUUGGGAGACAACAAUCAAUUCAUUUCUCGAUGAUUACAGACCCGUUGAAGGGAUUAUGAUUGCUCACUCGGGUCGUUCUCAUGUAACACUUUUCAAGUUUGGAGAAACAGCAAUGAGCCACACAAAGACUAGAAUGGAAGAAGCAUGGAUAAUUGAAGAAGUGGCUUUCAAUGUCCCUGGCCUAUCUGUGGACUGUUUCAUUCCUCCAGCUGAGCUAAGAUUUAGUUCUGUGACUGAAACCUGUGAGGACUGA